AAAAAAAUUAAAACAGAAAACAGAUUGGAAAUAAUUUUUAUUUUAUGUCAUUUAUAGCAGAGAAUUAGACAAUAAACACAAUCACACUUCAUAAGAAAAAUCUUUCAAGAAUGUCUCGAGAUCCUGAUUAUUACCAGACUGUAUCACUGAAACUGUCAGAGGUGCUCAAUGAUAUUGGUGUCAAUGAGAGAAUGAUUCUGAAGAGGAGGAGGAUGUACUUGUUGUGGGAAACUAUGGAGACUAGUACAUACAGAUUGCUGGGCACUAACAUGUCCUUAUAUCGUUUUGGUAGCCAGUCUGAAGGGUCUACAACAAUAGGACUCCGGUCAGACAAUGAUACACUCGUCUGCCAAAGUGAGAGUAAUGUUAUACAGGACUGGAGUCAGUGGCAACCUGGCAAGCUCAAUGUACUGAUGAUACAGGAUGAGACCACAUCACCAGGUUACUGUCUACUACAAUGGCUGAGGAAUGAUGAGCCUCUUCCUCUUCCAAUUCAUCAUAUACCAAACAGCAAGCUUACAGUUAGCAGAGGUAAAGUGCUGCUGAAGAACACAUUAUUGAGAGAAAUUGCUGCUAUAGAAGGACGUGUAAUAAAUGGUCCUGCUGCAUCAAGGCAAGGAAGGCCAGGUAUUGCUGAUCAAGAUCAUGUUCUAGCAUUCCACUGUAAAUCAUGGCCUGCAGAAGCCCAACCAUGGCUAGAAAAACAAGGCAUAGGAAGAUGGCCUACAGAAGACAUGAAGAGAUAUUGUGAGACUACAGGAUGUUUUGUUGUACCAGUGAGCAGUAAAAAUGGCCAGAAUGAAGAACUUGAAUGGAGAAUAUCUACUUCUCAUGCUCAAAGAUGUCUCAUGUUCAGUCUAAACAUCACAAAAUUAAGAUGUUAUAUCCUCAUGAAGAUGAUUCUUAAAACAUUCAUAAAUCCUCAGUGUGAUGGUGUCCUUUCAAGCUUCAUGUGCAAAACUGUUUUAUUUCAUUGCAUACAAAAUACAAAUUCAAAUAACUGGGUGCAAUCUAACUUACUCCCAUGUUUGAUGUGCUGCCUUACAGUAUUGCAGAACUUUGUAAGACAAGAAAACUGUCCACAUUUUGUAAUACCUGAAAACAACCUGAUGGCUGGAAGAAUUUCUCCUCAUAACAAAGUCAGAGUUUUUGAAAUCCUACAAAAGAUCAUACAAAGUAAGGGUCGUGCAUUGCUGGAGAUUCCCUUUGAUGACCUUGGAACGAGACUUCAACUGAAGAUAAAUAUGGGUGAAGCUUUUCAGUAUCAUGGAACUCCAGCCCAAAUGUUUGCUGAAAUUUCAUCACUGCUGCUAUAUAAUAUUAUCAGUGACAUAAGUAGAAAUCACAAGCUCCUUUUAGAAUCAAUGCAUGAUGGAAAUGAAAUGGUGUAUAAGAGGUUAUCAGACUUUACAUUAACACUAACAAGAAUGUACAGAGCAAUGGGUUUUAACAGUUUGGAAAAAUCUGCAGUAAGGCUUUUAACACCUCUGCUUCCAUCUUCCUUAGGAUCUGUGAUAGCAUCUCAUGACAUUUACACUACUGGCAGUAUAUCACCAGAAGCACUGGACUGGUUUUCAGUUGGUUUGAACUCAGAUGUGUCAUCUGGUGGGUUGAAAUUAGCAUCUGCAUUAUACUGUGUAGGAGAUAUGGAAAGAGCCGAGUUUGUUCUGAGGAAUACAGAAGAAAAGUAUGAUCUGAAUACUACUGAACCUGUAUGUGCAUGUUAUGAUCAUCCCGUGAAUUACCCAAGGCCAGGAUUCAUGCAUAAAUGUAACACUGGAAAUGAAGAAGUGAUAAAACAUAUAACAGCAUUUUGUGUUAGAUUUCUGCGGUGUGAAAUCUGCUGUGUUCCUAAAGAGCUACAGUAUGAAAUGUUUAGAUCUACACAAGAGGAAAGGCUUGAAAGGGAUGAAAUAUCUGACUUUUGGAUGGACUGGGCAGUGGUAGAUUCUCUACCUUACCUGUACUUUCUACAGUACAAAACGUACGGAGCUCUUCAUAGAAUGGCAGACCAACAAUGUGCACUUGCAAACCUUGUCACUUCCAUUGAAACAGAACAAACCCUAACUCACAGGGAAACUGCACUGAACUUACUGGGACAGUGUAUGGAACAGGAAAACCAACAUAUUGAUGCUUUACGAUGCUACAUGAUAUCUCUAAAUAUCCGAGCAAGAAGCAAUGCUGCAAAUUUUCUUAUAUGUAGACUUAUUUAUGUGUUGUUUAACAUGCAGGAACCUGCACCAAACUGAACAGGGUAUUGAAGAAAAUCGAGUACCUAUAUGAAGCUUCUGGGACCUACAAUACACACUAUUAGAGCUCCAGAUAAGAUAAGGUUUUGUGCAAUUAGUAAUGGUACUACCAGAUUUUCUGUGAAAUUCGUAACGGUACUACCCGAUAUUUUUUCUAAUUAGUAACCUGGUACUACCUGGUAUUUUGUGAAAUUAGUAAUGGUAGUUCCAGAUAACAGACAAAAAUAAGCAUAAGUCAUAUCAUCGGUGAACAGUAUCUCACUCGAAUAAAAACUGAAAGUAAAACUGUGUAAACUAAAAUUACAUAUAUUCAAAUCAAUUCAUCGAUGGAAGUCAGUUAGAUUUAACAUAAUCUUUUACCAUUUAUGACAAAAAAUGUGUACAAUAUUCCAAUUAAUCACACGGUUACAGGGGUGUAAAAUUCCACUCGCCCGCUAGCAUUGGCAAGUUAAAGUCUGUAUAGGACGAGUGGACCUCACUGUAUACUCGACCGACCGGGCGAGUGGUUUUUACGUCCAAACUUUACAAAAAUCCAGAAAUUACAUCUCCAAAAACGUCAACAAACUUUGAGAUGGUUCAGUCGCUACCUGGAUUGACAUUUACCCGCGAAUCGUAAAGAUAUCAAAACGUCAUGCCGGUAUUUUUCCAUUCCACAACAAGCACGUGCGACCUACCGUAAUAUCUAGUUUACAUCAACACGUACACAAAAACCGUGCGUAGUGCAUUCAUUUUUUAGCGUUUUUGCUUCAAUUUUUCAAUACCCCUUGAGAAAUUUGAAUUCUAUAACGAUUUUAAUAAGAUAUCGACAGAAAUGUAGGCAAAAUUCUAUAAAAACGGUCGAAUUUUCAUUUAAUCAUUUGUAAAGUUUCAAACAGCACAAUCUUAAUUACUUAUUUCUUUCUAAAAGUAAAUAAAUGAUGAAUACUCAGGACAUAAAAUUCAGACCUUUGACCAGAAAGUACAAAAAACAGAAUGAAAAAAUCUUAAAUAAUGAAAAAGCGUCAGCAAUUACAAUACAUGGAGUAAAACGAUUUUUGGCAAACAGAUUUCUGUUAGUGCGGCAGAAUAGGUUAUGUGACCUCGUGAACGUAAACAGAAAUGCGAUUUUAAAAUAAAGCAAUAUGAUGUCGUUGCGGUUUUUAAUAAGUUUUAAAUGAAUCUUUGUACAUGUAUUUUUUGACACGACAAUUUAAAAAAAUUUCUUGUCAAACAAUAAUGUAAAUUCCUUGAGGGCAAAUAGGUCACAGAGGUAGGAUAUCCACUAUUAUCGUUUGAGAUUUUUUUUACCUUUUUAUACGGGAUAUAGCACAUUCGCUUUUAAUAACAAAUUAAAGAAGAAACUUUUUUAUUGAUUUCUAUUUCUCAACAAUUUUAAGAACCGAGGCGGUACGAUCAGACAGUGACGUGUCACAUGGCGCAAAAACAUGACGUAAUGCCAUGACAAUCUCGAGCAAAAAUACCGCUUUGAUAUCCACUUCAGAUGUCAAGAUACCGACUCACUUCUUUUAGCUCUUUGAGGGGGUGUAAACUGAUAAUGAAAACAAUGUCAAUUACUUAGUUUAUCAACUGAAUAAUUACCGAUAAUCGUUAACCUUUUUUUUCUCGCUUUCAACACGGGUAGAUGGACGAUGAUUACUGUGUCCAAUUUUUUUUGAGACACUUCAAAAUAAUUAUUUUUCGGGAAAUAAUACUGUUGUACAUAUACUCCUUUCAUAAAAGUGACAGUAUUAAAAGUGUCAAUUAUAAGGGCGAGUGACUGUUCACUAAGGGCGAGUAGGUAUUACUGGCUACUAGUCCUGCAGGGCGAGUGGUGUGAGAAAAUUUUUUACACCCCUGGGUUAUAAAACAUUGUGUUUUUUUUGGUUUUUUUGCUCUCGUACAUGCUGACAAUUAAUAAAAAGUGUCAAAUACGUAACAGCAGCGCUAACUGGCUGAACACAAUCGACUGUAGUGUAUCGGAUAAUUUGAUUCGCUUCACACUUCUCGGGAAAAUCUCGCAAGUACCUGCAGUAGGCGGAGCUUACAUUAUGCUACUGGUGUGUGUUUCAUGUAUUUCCACACUCUCAUUUGACACCGUGCAAAUUGUCAAUAGUCGGGAUAGCGUUGAUUAGCGCAACUUGGCGCAGACAUGCAAUUCGGCUCGAAAUCUUCCUUUGAAAUUUGUAAUACUGUUAACAUGUCGUACUGAUAUGACCACAUUUUAAAAUAAAUUCGUAUUGAUACGGCCACAUUUUAAAAUAAAUUUGUAUCCGACCCCUAACAAAUUCGUAAUUACGAAAAUACGGCCUUAUCUGGAGCUCUGUAUAUAUAUAUCAUGUAUUACAUGGUAAAUUUAGAGACAUUAAUGUUUAUGUCAAUGAAUAAAU